CCGAGAAAAGGGUCUCUCAGUCCUCACUUCGCCAUUUCGAAUUCAAAAACCUUCUGCCUCGCAGCUUAACUCCACGCCGAGGCAAGAGAGAGAAAGGAAAGGAAAGAACCGAGAGAGAGAGCGAAUGUGUGCCGUUUGCUUCUCACGUCUGCUUGCAACGCCCUCAUUUAAUGCAUCUGCCUACUAUUGAUCGAUCUCCCUUUCAUUUCCUUCUCUGGAUCUUUCUCCAUUUUUACCUUCUCCACGCCGGACUCUUUCUUCUCUGCUAAAGUGCAAUUCUCUUCUCUUCGAGCUUCGCGUGGGGGCGAGCUCUGGAUAGAGUAUUCGGGCUUUGCGCUGGAGAGAGAUGCACCUAUCGCGGAGUAGAGAGAAGCAUCGCAGGGCUUCUGUUGCGAGGCCCGAUUCGCCGUCUGCCGGCAGUACUCUUGCCGAAGCAAAUGCUCAUUCCAAGAGCCGGAUCAAGUUGUUGAGGACAGAAUAUGAUUCGAAUUGUGAAUGUGGCUCACCUGAAGAGACAAAUUCAAUAACCCUUGAGUUCAAGAGGAAUUAUUCUAAGAAGGCCAAUGGAAUGCCAAUUAAAGCAUUGAUAGAUGAAGAGAUGUCAAGGAAAAAGCACAUAAAGAGGUCAUCACCAAGUUUGAUUGCCCGGCUUAUGGGCCUUGAUGCACUGCCUUCCCCUGGGACUGUAAAGCCAUUGAAAGAAGUGAGAAGCUCUUCAAAGAAUGCGCUGUCCAAUGACUUUCAAGAAAAGAUCACCACUCAUGACUGUUCACUUCAGUCGAGCUAUGACGAGCAGCAAGAGUUUAAAGAUGUCUAUGAGGUUGUGCAAGUGCCAAAGGUUGAGAAGCAGAAAGAUCGGACAGUUAAGAAAGGAACAGCUAGCUUGAGACAGCGUGAAAUUGAUAAGGUGUUCAUAGGACAUCACUUCAUUGACGCAACUAGCCUUUCAACUGGUGGAAUACCUCAGAGAUCUAAAGAGCUGGUUGAUUCAGAGGAGGACCUAGAUCUCAAUAGGGACAUUUACUUGCCAUUUCUUAAAGAACCUUCAAAGCAUCAACACAACUUGACUAGCUCUCCAUCCCCUCCACAUGCUUUCCACCCAUUAAUUCUAAUGGCAUCUAAAGAUAGUCCAACUGCAAGCUGUCAGUCAUCUUUUGGAUCAGAAAAGAAUGUUGAUAGGAGUAUUAAUUUACAAAAAGAUGAUUCACAAUCUUUUAGGAAACUUGCAGCUAACAGCAACAGUCACCCAUCAAGGGAGCAUAUGUGCUCUCUGCUGAAAAAGUUGUCAGAAUCUACACAUUCUGAUAAAGAUGAAUAUUGUGCCCAGCCUACUCAGAUUGUCAUUCUUAAGCCGAGUCUUGAUAAAGCUCGGAAGGCAGAAAGAAUUAUCCCAUCAGCAAAUUCAUUGAAUAAUCUUCAGUAUAAUCUUGCUCAUAAUUUAAAAUUUCCUGUCCAUGAUAUUACGGAGUUUUCUGAUGAGGAAAGAGCUCGGAGAAAAUUGCAUCACACUACAGAAAUUAUGGGGCGCAAGAUAAAGGGAUCGAGAGAAAUUUCUAAAGAGGUUACCAAACAAAUGAGUACUUCAGCUUCUAAAAGAAAGAAAGUUUCGGUUCCAAAUUUAAAUGACUAUGAAAAAGAUGGAGGUUCAUGUACUACAUCAAGCAUCAUGACUGGGAACAACUCUCAGUCUUCUCUCUUGACUUCUAAUCUCUAUGCGUCUAGUAACAAUUCCAAUUAUUCAUCAUCUUUUCUAACCGAGUCAUCAGUCACUAAGGAGGCUAGAAAACGCCUCUCAGAAAGGUGGAAGUUGACCAACCACUUUCAGGAAAUGGGCUUCUCAAACAGAGCAUCAAGUACUUUGGCUGAGAUGUUAGCUUUGUCUGACAAUGAAACAUCUAAGAUGACCUUAGAUACAUUAGCUGUCAAGAAAGCCCCAGAAAGAAAAUUGGUUAGACAAGAUUUUCCUGAACUUAAAAAUCAUCCUUUGGGAAUCAGCAGUAAGGAUGGUUGGAAAGAUAAUUUCUCUAGGAGGCUACCAAGGUCCAAUUCUCUUCCAGCUUCAUCUUUAAUUUGUGAAAAUUCUCAAUGGAACUCCAGAAACCGGUCAGGCAAAAGUGUCAAUAGAAUUAUGCACAAAAAGGUAGAAGGUACGAGCAACUGGGUGUCUCUCGAUGAUGAAUUCAUUAGGCACAAAAAUAAGUCACGCAGAAACGGUAAAUAUGUCAGUAACAAAGACAAGCAUCAUUCAGAUGGGGAAGAAAAUACAUUAAUUGAACGGGAGAUUCAUGUGAGUUCAGAAAAACUCAAAAAUAAUAAUGAUUUGAGACACGCUUCUGAAAAACAUACAGCUUUUGAGCUUCCUGAUGAUUCUACCGGUGAAACAAGGGAUAUGGCUGACAAUUUGUCAGUUUCUCGAAGUAACACGGACAACUCUUCUUUAACAGAUCGAGAAGAUGGGUUUGAGAAGCUUCAGGACCUCACUAAUGUAGAAAAGAAUGUGAAAUUGUCAGAGUGUGAUAAACAUGGGCUUGCACUGAAGGAGCCAUUAAUCAACCAUGUUGGAGAUGAACUUCCUGCUUCUCACUGCAAUAAAUCCGGAUCAAUUUGUCCUGGAAGUGACAAGGAGGCUGAUCAACCAAGUCCAGUUUCAGUUUUGGAGGCCCCAUUUGAAGAAGAGGAAUUUAGUACUGGUUGCUUUGAAAAGAUCAGUGCAGAUCUUCAGGACCUCAGGAUGCAGCUUCAGCAACUCAAGCAAGAGUCAGCAAACAAUUACACAGAAGAUUUGGAAGUAAUGAUCUCCAGUGAUGAAGAUGCAGCAGCAGAGCCCUUCCCUGAGUAUGCAGGCAUAAUUCAAUCAUUUAGAGACGAAGAGGAGAGAGAUUACUCGUACGUACUUGACAUCCUCAUUGAUGGUGACAUUCUUAAAGCUGAACUAGAUGGGCUCUUUAGUGCAUGUCACUCACCUGAAUGUCCAGUCAGCCCAAACUUGUUUGACAAGCUGGAAAAGAAAUACAUUUCGCUUGAUUCGUGGUCCAGGUCAGAUCGAAAACUAUUAUUCGAUCUCACGAAUUCUAUAUUAGCCGAUAUAAUCGAACCGAAGGCUCGGUGGCAAUUAAAAAUGGUUCAUGAUGGCCUUGUUGAGGAAGUAUGGCAGGGAGUGGUUAAGAAAAUGAAAGAAGUAGAAAUCAGUUCAGUAGAAAAUCAAACUGAGCUUAGAUGGGCAGAUAUAGGAGAUGAUCAGGAGCUUCUUGGAAGACAACUGGAGAAUAUGCUACAGGAGGACCUUCUGGAUGAGCUUCUUAUUGAACUUACAACCUAUAUUGAGGGUGUAAAGAGCUCUUUAUGAAGUUUUAAGUUCGUCUUCAUCAGCAACUUACUAUCUUUUAUCAUAGCUGAUAUGAACCAGCGAUUCAUGCAUACAGAAAUGAGAAAAUAUUAUAUACGUCUAACUGUAGUGCUGCCUGUAACUAUGGUACUUGCUAUUUGUGAAAGCUUUUGGUAAUGGUAAUGAAAAGAAGCUAUGCUGUUAAAAGAAGCAUUA